AUGACUGACGUUCCCAUGUUACGCUUGAGAAGCCAAGCUGACAAACAAUCGGACGAAAUCAUGGUCUCCUUCAAUGUGGCCUCGUUAUUCACAUCCAUCCCAACAAAAUUGGCCCGCGAAGUCUUUCGCAAGAGACUUGACGAGGCGUACGAUGAGACUCAGAAUGCACUCAAAAUUGAACACCUCAUGAGGCUGUUUGAAUUCUACCAACGAUCUUCCUUCACUUUUGCGACAAAGACCUAUGAACAAGUCAAAGGAAUGCUAAUCGGCUCAACGGUCUCCGGUUUAGUGGUAGAACUAGUCCCACAGGAGUUAGAAAAGAUUGCCUUCCUCCAACAUGAACCGGUGUUUUGGCGCCGUUACGUUGACGACACGUUCGUCAUCGUAAAGAAGGACAUGCUGCAACAUUUCCACAGCCUGCUCAACGCAGUCUUCCAUGACAUAAAAUUCACGAGGGAAGAAGAACAGGCACAGUGGUUACUCUUCCUGGAUGUGCUCGUCAGACGAAACCAUAACGGUGAACUUGAAAUGACGGUUCAUAAAAAGACAAUGAGGACCACACAGCUUCUCAGUUUUCACAGCAACCAUCCGGUGGUUCACAAACGAAGCUGUGUGAAGACGCUCUUCAAACGGACCCAAACUCAUUGCAGCAAACCGGAGGACAGAGCACGUGAGGCCCACUAUCUCCGCGACCAGUUUGUGCAAAAUGGCUAUCCGAGGGCAUUCAUACGUCGCUGCCUACGCGGUCGCCACCAGAGAACUCGAACAUCAACGCCACCGACGAUAUGGCAUUCUCUGCCAUACGUCAAGGGUGUUUCAGAAGCGACUGAGCGCAUUGCUGCGGAGCUAGGCGUUGGAAUUGCACACCGUCCCAAAGUCACCAUUCGCAAUAAGGUCAUGAAAUUCAAAGACCGGUUAAAACCUGAUGAGCAAUCUGGAGUAAUGUAUCACAUUCCGUGUCAAAAUUGUCUUUCUAAUUACACAGGACAGACUGGGCGCAUGCUCGGAUCGCACAGACACGAACAUAAGCUUCCUGUGCGACGAGGCGACGCAUUAUCACAAGUGGCCGCUCACACCUACGAAAUGGGUCACGAGUUUGACUUCGCAGCCACCAAAAUAGUCGCCCACGCCGGAAACAAAACAGGCCGAAAAUCGAUUGAAGCCUGGGCCUCGGAUGAGAACUCGGUCAAUCGAUUUAUCGAUCUGGCGCCGGCUUACUGA